AUGGCUUGGGAUCACCUCUCCAUCAACAAACCUCAUUUGGUUUAUAUAAUUUUGGGUGGCUUCACCUCAUUGUUUAUGCUGUGUUCUUCCUUCAUCAAGGAGCGCAUGUAUAUCGGUGAAGCCACUGUCGCCACGAUUUGUGGUAUUAUUUUUGGACCACAUGCCGCCAAUCUGAUCGAUCCCGACACGUGGGGCAAUACCGAUCAGAUCACUCUAGAAUUCUCACGAAUUGUCCUUGUUGUUCAAUGUUUUGCCGUCGGGGUCGAAUUGCCUAGGCAUUACAUGGAGAAACAUUGGAGGAGUGUAGUCUUUCUCUUGUUACCUGUGAUGACCUUUGGAUGGUUGAUCACAAGUCUUUUCAUUUGGUGGUUGAUUCCGCCGCUAAACUGGCUGCAGGGACUUUGUGUGGCAGCAUGUGUGACGGCGACAGAUCCUGUACUCGCUAGUUCGGUGGUUGGAAAAGGAAAAUUCGCAAAACGAGUACCGAAACAUUUGAGAGAUCUUCUAUCUGCCGAAUCAGGGUGUAACGAUGGAAUGGCAUUCCCAUUUAUCUACCUUUCCUUAUAUUUGAUUCGAUUUCACCUCAAUGCGAAAGAAGUCACAUUUGAUUUCAUUGUCAUAACAGUUCUUUACGAGUGUGUGUUUGGUGCGAUUUAUGGUUUCGUUGUCGGAUACAUUGGCAGGCACGGAAUCAAAUAUGCGGAAAGACACGAUUUAGUCGACAGAGAGAGUUUUCUCGUGUUCUACUUCGUCCUUGCUCUAUUCUGCGCAGGCUCAGGGAGUAUCCUUGGAGUUGAUGAUCUCCUUGUCGGCUUUGCGGCUGGCGUUGGUUUCUCAAACGACGGUUGGUUUACCCAGAAAACCGAAGAAUCUCAUGUUUCCAACGUCAUAGAUCUCCUUAUCAAUUUGGCAUAUUUUGUUUACCUUGGUACAAUUAUUCCGUGGGAACAGUACAAUGAUAUGGAAAUCUGA